UUUACGUUGCAAUAGGUUACUUAGUUAAGCCUAUCGUUAAAUCAUCGAAACAUAUAACUAGUUAAUAUCAUUCACAUGAAAAAAUUACAGCAAAAAUGACAAGGUCUCUUUGUACUUCUUGUGGUCUCAGGCGCAGAUACUGCCAAUGUCAUCCGCAAGAUUCAGCAGCCCUAAAUGCAAAUGCAAACGGUGAUAAUUACGGAGAAAGAGCGUUCAAGCUUACACCAGCCUCCUUCUGCGUUUUCUACCUCCUAUACACUCUCGGAAUGUUUGGAUUCGCCCUCAUCUUCUAUUUGAGUCUAGUCAUUCCCAAAAACCUGAAAGGGAUCUGUUACUUGGAGGUCUUUGCUGACUCCUUCUCCGUCUCAAACGCCUCAAACACAAACGCGACCGCUGAUUGGAACGUCGGGUUUACAACAAGGAAUCCAGGUAACGGAUGUAAAGCUUCUCUCCACACAAUGAAAUCGCGUCUCCUCCGCGGAGACAAGCUAAUCUCCGAGUCAUCCAGUCCUGAUUAUUUCAGUUCACUCGUAACCAGAAAAAUCAAUGAUGUACCGCUUCCUUAUGCCGUUUUCGAAACGGUUACAACACCCCGCAACGGCGUGGUUUGGGAUAUCCUGGUCGAAGUCGUAACUAGCAUUAAGAUAAAUGGUCGAUCCGGUCAUGGAGUUGGUGUCUUGAUCGUGACUUGCCGCGAUUUACCGGUGAAUUUUACGGCAGAUCCGGCUGGAAAUGUGAAGGGAUCGUUGAUCGGAUAUAUGAGGCCGUGUGAGUAUAUAGUCCAAGACAAGUAUCCGGACAUAUCCUUUUAGAUUUUUUCUCUGAUCAUGACUCUUUUGCGAGUUUUUGCUUUAGUGUAUUUUAAGUUUUUUUUUUUAAGUAAGACACAAAUUUCAAUAUGAAGUGAUAUCCCUCUUGUAAGCAAACAUUCUCUUAGGACUUAAGAGUAUGUGCAGUGGCCAGCGGAAGACUCUCAGGCUCUUUAUUAAGAAUUGUUGGAAGUCAAUCUUUGAUUAAUCCACAAAUUGGCAUCAUCAGAGUGUUUGGAAGAAGAAGAAUCGAGGAAGAGCAUCGAUGUGCUAGAGGAGAAGUCGUGAAUGAAGAAGAAGAGUUAAUGGUUUCUUUUGGGCCUGUUUAAUUGUUAAGCCCAUAUGUUAAUGGGUUUGUUGUUGGUCUACAAAACUAUAGGUUAAAGUGUUAACCUAAGUAUAAAUAUGUAAUGUAUGGUGUAUAAUGAAGUUAAGGAAGCUUAAGAUAAGAG